AUGGGUGACUGGAGCUUCCUGGGGAACAUCUUGGAGGAGGUGAACGAGCACUCCACCGUCAUUGGCAGAGUUUGGCUCACGGUCCUUUUCAUCUUCCGCAUCCUCAUCCUGGGCACGGCAGCCGAGUUUGUGUGGGGCGAUGAGCAGUCUGAUUUCGUGUGCAACACCCAGCAGCCAGGUUGCGAGAACGUCUGCUACGAUGAGGCUUUUCCCAUCUCUCACAUCCGCCUCUGGGUCCUGCAGAUCAUCUUCGUCUCCACCCCAUCGCUGAUGUACGUGGGACACGCGGUACAUCACGUCCGCAUGGAGGAGAAGCGGAAGGACCGCGAAGCCGAGGAGCUGUGUCAGCAGUCCCACAGCAACGGGGGUGAAAGGGUACCAAUCGCUCCGGACCAGGCCAGCAUCAGGAAGAGCAGCAGCAGUAGCAAGUGCACCAAGAAGUUCCGGCUGGAGGGCACACUGCUAAGGACCUAUGUCUGCCACAUCAUCUUCAAGACCCUCUUUGAGGUGGGCUUCAUCGUUGGCCACUACUUCCUGUAUGGUUUCCGCAUCCUGCCCCUCUAUCGCUGCAGCCGGUGGCCCUGCCCCAAUGUGGUGGACUGCUUUGUGUCCCGGCCUACUGAGAAAACCAUCUUCAUCCUGUUCAUGCUGUCCGUUGCUUUUGUGUCCCUCUUCCUCAACGUCAUGGAGAUGAGCCACCUGGGCAUGAAGGGAAUCCGGUCUGCCUUCAAGAGGCCUGUGGAGCAGCCACUGGGGGAGAUCCCCGAGAAGUCCCUCCACUCCAUCGCAGUGUCCUCCAUCCAGAAAGCCAAGGGCUACCAGCUUCUAGAAGAAGAGAAGAUCGUGUCCCACUAUUUCCCUCUGACUGAGGUUGGAAUGGUGGAGACCAGCCCACUUUCAGCUAAGCCUUUCGGUCAGUUUGAGGAGAAGAUUGGCGCGGGACCCCUGGCAGAUAUGUCACGGGGUUACCAAGAAACCCUGCCUUCUUAUGCUCAGGUGGGGGCCCCAGAAGUCGAGGGGGAAGAGCAGCCUGUAGAGGAGGCCGUGGAACCCGAAGUGGGAGAGAAGAAGCAGGAAGCAGAGAAGGUGACCCCAGAAGGGCCAGAUGGGGAGAAAGCAGAGACCCCUGGAGUAGGAAAGGACGGGGAGAAAGAAGACCUGCAAGUUGAAAAAGUAACCAAGCAAGGUCUGACUGCUGAGAAGGCCCCUGGGCUCUGUCCGGAGCUGACGACCGAUGACAACAGGCCCCUGAGCAGGCUGAGCAAAGCCAGCAGCAGGGCCAGGUCAGACGAUCUCACCGUAUGAAGUGGUGCUGCAGAAAGACAUCUCACCUCCUGCUAAUACAGACCAAGAUAAAAUCAGCUCAUGCCAACACACUUGGAGCCUUCGGUGUCCUUGGGGCCACCC